UAUAUUCCGCACCGCACCAUUUGGCCACACGCAACCAAAUUUCACCACAUACCUCUACUCUCGAACCUUUACAUGGAAGAAGACGGUGAGAAUUUUGUCGUUGAUCAACCGCCGCCGCCCGAAGAGGAGCUCGAUAGACAAGAUGUCGGAAAGUUGCUUUAUGGAUGUGAUCAUUAUCGGCGACGCUGUAAACUCCGAGCCCCUUGUUGCAAUGAAAUAUUCACUUGCCGUCACUGCCACAACGAGGCCAAGAAUGCUUUGACCAAUCCCAAGGAACGGCACGAACUUGUGCGCCACAAUGUUAAGCAAGUUGUUUGUGCUGUAUGCGACACUGAACAACAGGUUGCUGAGAUCUGUUCAGAGUGUGGCGUCAAAUUUGGGGAGUACUAUUGUGAAAUUUGUAGAUUUUACGAUGACAAUAGAACAAAGGGGCAGUUUCACUGUGAUGACUGUGGAAUUUGCAGGGUCGGUGGUCGAGAAAACUUCUUCCACUGCAAGAAGUGUGGAUCCUGCUAUUCGGUGGAGCUGCGUGAUAAUCACUUGUGUGUGGAGAACUCAAUGAAGAACCAUUGUCCCAUCUGUUAUGAGUUUCUUUUCGACUCAGUGAAAGGCACCACAAUUAUGAAGUGUGGACAUACAAUGCAUAUGGAAUGCCACACAGAGAUGAUCCAUCAGAACCAGUAUCGCUGCCCUAUAUGCUCCAAGUCUGUUCUCAACAUGUCCGGAACUUGGCAAAGAUUAGAUAUGGAGGGAUAGGAGGAUGGAGGGGAUUAUUACAUAGGUGUGUUUGAUCCCUCACCACAUGGUGAAGAUUGAAGGGCUCACAGCAUGUGAGCUAUCCUCCAAUCCAGUGCUGAUAUAGCUUAAACUGAUAGGAGGUUGAAAGGACAUAGAGAGAAAUCAAAGUCGAUCCUUUCUUUCCUUGGCAUUUUUCUGGAGUGAAGUUGAUUGUGCUGUAACUGUCUUUCGGCUUACUGGUUUUGCCUCGAUUUUUUUUGAAGAGCAACCUUUAUUUUUUUGUUGGGAAACUGGUAACAUUGAAGGGCAACCUUAUUUUAAGGAAGUAAUAUUAGAGAAACGAGAAAUAUAGAUAUUGUUUUUUUCUUGAAACUUUUUUAGAGUCACAUAUCUAAAAAAGCAGGGUUUUUGUUAUUGAGAGACAAAACACAAACCUAAACAUAAACCCGUGAAGUUCAAAUCCUACAUUUGCUGUUUAAAAGCAUGGGUUUUGUCACUGAGAGAAUGGAGAGCCAGUAAUUUAACAUAUAUAUAUAUAUAUAUAUAUAUAUAUAUAUAUAUAUAUAUAAUUUUCUUUGUUUUGUGCCUUUUGGAUCUUGUGAGAAAUAUUGGAAAAAGAAUAUUAUUGAAUUGUUGUUGUUUCUAUAUUAUUACAUUGAGACCUUGUUUAUAGACAAGUAGGAUACUAUUUACUAUUCCUAUUUCUAUUUGUAUUCCUAUUCCUAUUCUAAUAGGAUUAUAUAAACUUAAUACUAUUCUAAUAGGAUUGUAUAAACCUCUUCCUAUUCUAAUAGGUUGUAUAUACCUGUUACUAUUUUGAAGUAUAUGGAUAAUGUUGGAAUCAAUAAAUGAGUCGAUAUUACACAAGAAAGUCACCGAAAAUUUGCUUAGAACAUGCUCAUACGCCAAAGUAUUAGAUUUGAUGGUGAAAGUGGUCACAAUCUAAGAAAUAAAAUUAUAUGGGUAGGGUUGGAAUGAUGGAACGACCUAACUAGAAAACAAAAAUCAUAUAGGAAAGGUCGGAUUGAUGGUACGCCCCUAUUAAAAAGGAGAAAUAAUAUAGGUCGGGUCGGAAUGAUGGCACAACCUUACGCAAAUCUAAUUUGAAUUACCGGAAAGACGUAUGGAACUAUGCAAAUCAAAUUUGAGGAGUCACCGAAAAGAGACGCGGUGCUAUGCAACUCAGAUAUGAAAAGUAGUUCGAAAAAAUCCAUGGUACUACGCAAAUAAAAUAUGAAAAGUAGUCCUGAGAUGCACAGUGCUACGCAAAUAAGAUAUGCAAAAAAAAAGGUAGUCACCGAAAAAAAAGGUAGUCACCGAAAGGAUGUCACAGUGCUACACAAAUUAAAUAUGAAAAAGCAGUCACCGGAAAUAUCGCACGGUGCUACAGAUAUAGGAUACAAAAAAGUAGUCACCGGAAUGAUGGAACGGUGCUCUACAGAAAUCAGAUUUGAGAAAGUAGUCACUGUAAUGAUUGCACAGAGCUAUACAAAUUAAUUAUGAAAAAAGUAAUUGCCGAAAAGAUGGCACGGUGCUACACAAAUUAAAUAUGAAAGUAGUCGCCGAGAAAAUGACACGGUGCUACAAGUUUUGCUAACAUAAUCGUUGGCCAGACGGGCGGCAUAUAUGGGUAAUAGCCGCCCGCCGGCAGUGGAAGCUCUUUGAUCUAUACCAAGAUCGCGCAGAGGCUCUGAUACCAUAUGAGAAA